GGAGACUACCUCUGGUCAUGGACAAAGAUCCAGAGGGACUGUGUGAGAUCGUGGAGCAGAGUCGCAUCUUGGACGCAAAGCUUGUCAGAGAGCUCUCAGCCGAGUUGCCUCCCAGGACAGUGGGCCACAUGUGGCAUCUGGCCUACAGCACGUCUCUUCACGGCUCCAGCCUCAAGUCCCUCUACCGGAAGCUGAACGGCAGCGACUCGCCUGUACUCAUGGUCAUCAAGGACUCGCUCAAUCAGGUGUUUGGGAGCUUUCUCUCUCACCCACUGAGGCCGAGCGAGACCUUCUAUGGCACAGGAGAGACAUUCCUCUUCAUGCUGCAUCCUCGAUUCAAGUGUUUCAGAUGGACAAGAGAGAACUCCUUCUUCAUAAAGGGAGACCUGGACUCUUUUGCUAUCGGAGGAGGAAGUGGUCACUUUGGCCUGUGGCUAGAUGAGACGCUGUACCUGGGCAGGAGUAGCCCCUGUUACACCUUCAACAACUGCUGCCUCUCGGAAAGAGAUGACUUCCACGUCAUAGAGCUGGAGGUGUGGACGUUCUGGUGAAGGCCUGCCCUCUUCAACUUGCCUAGCAACACCCACUCACAAUGU